ACACACCGCUACACUAUGAAAUACGAGGACUGGUGUAAGCGUAGGUCACAGAGAUAUGAACCAAAGAUACUCUUUGAUAUGAACUGUGAGGGUCAUCUCUGGCUGACACGUACCCAGUCAGUCUCUGUACUGCCAAGAUUUCACAUCAUGAGCCUCCAAGCGCAUUACGGGCGUGCCAUUUUACUGACUUUCGCUGUGCUAUCUGGAGCCGCUUUCGCGGGAAGAUUAUUUUCGAAAGGGAAAGAGUACACUUAUUCCUACGAUGCAUCUACAAGUUCAAGUACGUUGCUGCCAGCAGAAGCAGCUUCUUCGUGGGGUCUUAAUGGGAAAUUGGUCAUUAUUGCUGACGAGGACUCGGUUCUUGUACAGUUGCAAUCGAUUAAAAUGAGCGCCUCUAACGGUCCUCCUGGCAUCGAGAAGGAUUUCGUGAAAAUCGACGAACAGGCUGAGGAACUUCUGAAGCCGUUUAGAAUAGACUACGACAUGGGGUACAUACAGAAUUUUAGCGUGGGAACCGAAUCUCCCUGGGCCACUAAUAUUAAGCGCAGUAUUGCUGGGAUUCUCCAGCUAGAUUUAAAGGCCGUAGAGAAGAAGGUCGCAUUUUACUCCCAGGAGAUCAAUCAUUACGGACAGUGCAAUAUCGAGUGCGUUGUAAUCCCGAUUACCGAGGACGAAAGCGUCGUUACGAAGUCAUUCGAUCCUCGCACCUGUCGAGGACAUCCCCAGAAAUAUUGGAGCAACGUUCCUCGCAUGGAGUGUCCCAAUAAUGACCAAAACCCAGUAUUGAAGUCCAGCGAGCGACUGUAUAAAGUAAGAGCUAAGGGAGAGGAUUACACGAUUCUGUUCGUCAACGCGACCGGUGGGAUUUAUGUACAGCCAUUUCAAAGCCUCGGCGAAGCCCAUGUAUUAUUCACCCGGCAAAUUCUGGAAUUAACAUCGGUUCGAGACGUGAAUACUAGAAUCUCUAAAACCGACCUACAAGCCGCAGGACUUGAACACGAACUCCCCGAAGGCGACUUGACACAAGGUAGAAGCGUUCCCGAUAAAAUUACUAUAUUUGCAACUAUACGAAACCUUCUGGACAGGCUGAGUCAACGCCUCGAGAAUCCUGGAUUAGAUACUAAAAUAGAUAAUUUACACAAUACGACCAUUUCGAUACUUCUGUACUAUCUGAAUAUGUUAGAGCGCGCCGAUUUGCAGACAGUCUACAACAAAAUAUCCGGAACUAGUUAUAAGGAGGAAACAAUCAGGAACAUGUUGCUGGAAAUAUUACCGCAAGUAGGGAGCAAAGAAUCGGCUCUAUUCGUAUUGGAUUUAAUUUUACAGAAAAAGGUAUCCCACAUAAAUGCGAUCCAGCUGCUCACUCAUUUACCGUUUCACGUUAAGAACCCGAACGUCGAGCUGCUGGUUAACAUGCAGUCGCUCCUCAAUUUACCGGAUUACAUUGCACCUGACAUUCAGAACACGGGGAUCCUUACUUUCGGGACGCUAAUUUACAAGACUUGUCAAAUGUACUGCCCGUAUGAAAUGCUUGACGAUUACGUGCGCCUUUAUCUGGACAAAUUUACAGAGAGUACGCAGUACGAAAAGAAAAUGGUAUAUCUGGAAGGUUUGGCGAAUAUACAGCUGGGCAGAGUUGUGGAGUUCCUUGAACCGAUCGCAAGUGGUGGAAAUUCUGAAUCUCGCCAUCUACGUUUCCUUGCGGCAUGGUCUUCUCUACCGAGUGCUCCGUACAGACCGGAUGUGAUAUAUCCAGUGUACUGGCCGAUUUUAGUCAAUCGAACCGAACAUUUGGAGAUGAGGAUAGCUGCCAUGACUCUCCUGAUAGUUUCCAAUCCAUCUCCCAGUCGGCUAAUAUCACUGUACUGGUACAUGCAAGGAGAGCCUAAUCAGCAUCUGUACAAUUUCUUUUACACCACUCUGAAAUCCAUGGAACGCACGAAUUACCCAUGCUACACUCACAUAGGAAACAUCGCAGCACAGUUUAUUCGGAUUUUGCGGAAGCCACCCACCCAGCAGAAAAUCCUUACAGGGAAUUAUUUAUUUGAUUAUCAAGACACUUCCAGGCAUUUUGGAGCAAUGUUGCACGGCAUUGUAAUCGCCGACUCUGUUACGAACAUCCCCACAGUGUUGCACUUAACUCUGAACAAUCACGGGAUUGGUACAAACCUAAACCACGUUUCUCUGUACAUAAAAGCGGAAGGUCUUCUGUACUCAUUGUCGACAUAUCAAGAUAGUCCUACCCGGCUAAAGGACAUAUUGAAACAAUUCAUGCGUCAUCAAGAGGUCGAUCAUCCGGUGCACUUGGAAAUAAUUGCACGCGUCCAACAGAAGGCGGUACUGUGUCUGCAUUUGAAUCAGACCAACAUUGUAAAGGCAUUUAAAUUUUUGGUCUCGUUGCCAGGAAACGCCUACCAUAUCUAUCAGAAUAUGGAGUUCCACAUUAAUCAGCAGCGUAUUAAUGUGCCAUUAACAAUUGAAUCCGUCCAAGCUACCGAUCUUGGAACUAAUGUUCGCAUCGCGGCGACGGCUACGUCGCUAUUUUCAAUGAGAGGGAACUUUACCCACGUAUUCACAGGGCGAAACAACCACGUAGUUUUACGAACGUCAAUCCACGGUACUCAAACAAUAGAAACGUACAAUCCAUUGACUGAUUUAUGGCAUGGGGCUGAACGUACACAGUCAUUUCAUGCAUAUCUGCCGUUUAAUAUCACAAUAGGACUCGACGAAAAAUUCUUCGUUUCGUACAUGACACCUAAAGAAUACGUGAAAACUGGUAUAACCGGCCAUGUAAGAGUGGUCACUAAUAUCAGGGGUGCAAAAGUAAAGAGUAAAUUGCAAGCGAUAUGUCCUUCGUGCCCGGUAUUAUAUACUGUAAGGAAAUAUGCUCCAGAGGAAUCAACGAAUGUAACCAUCUUUGGCACUAAAGCCCCAGAAUUGGGAGGACAACUGCACGUAAAGAUAUUUGACUGUGAAAAUGAUAUUUUCCAAAGUAACGUGGUCGUCGACAUGUUAUCAUCGCAUCGUGGGAAUUCUCGAAUCUGGCCUGUUGCUCAAUCUGCUCUGCUUGGACUUCAUCUCAUAGAUUAUUUUACAUAUAUUCCCCCGAAGGGGAGCUGCGGAGUGGAAGUUUAUAUUGAACCCUACGAUCUACAGUCAACUGAGGUAAGAUUCGAAUACGUCAAAAGUGAGAAGUAUCACAUGUUCUCCAUAAUACGCCGAGAGCUGGAAACAAAGAGUAUCUUUCAACAGUGGAACGUGGCAGUUCUCUACGAACCUACAAGUAUGAUUUCAGACGUUAUUAAAAUCAAAGCAAGUAAAACAAUACCGGGAGAAAAAGUCAUGAAGGUCUGUGUACAGUGUGAUAGAGAAAUUCCUUGGGAUUGGGAAUAUUUAAGCUUGACAUCGACCGAGCCAUCUUCCAUGAAAAUAAAUAUUGUAUGGGGUCCAUCCGACACCGCGAAAGGAAAGUGCACUGGAACAAAGAUAUUAUUAAAUUUACGCGGUGAAGUGACAAACAAACAGGUGAAGCAAAGUUUGGAGGACAAGUGGCCGUAUAACAAAUGUCGAGAAGAAUCGCGAGGGAAACAAUUCGUUCCAUACACCGAAGCAUGUUAUCAAGCUUCCAAAGAAUUAUCUACUUUGCGAAAAUAUGAAAUUUUUACCGAGUACGAAAAUGUCCCGACGAUAUUGAUAAGUGCUGCGUGGAAAUUUAGGAGCUUUUAUAAUUUCAUCGGUGGUAACACCAGUACUUCUCAAGCUUCCGAUCAAUUUUCGAUAGUAGCAACGUUCCCAACGGAUUCAAACACAGGACAAUUGCAGUAUAAUAUGGACACCGUUCCAAUAUUUUACAGUUCCCCAUUCAUCAGUUUUUUUUUUACUCGCAGUCGACUGCAUAAGUACACCGACAAUCCACUGCUCGGACCAUUUAUAGAUGUGUGUGUGCUAAAACCAUCCACGGUACAAACAGUUCAUAACAUCAGUGUUCCCUUGCGAAGAGAUCGAGAAGCAAUGAUACUUGGACAUUCUUACGAAGACAACCCUAAGUUUGUAGUGACUGCAGUUAAUACACCAUCAGGAAUUAUUCUGAAUUUGCACGAUGAUACUGACGAUAUUAAAAUUAUGCCACAAAAGAAUGGAGGUGCAGUCUAUAAUUACACUUCGGAACUGCCACUGAAACGCGACUUUGAAUUUCACACAAUCAAUUCUAAAAGUUUAAGACUAGAUGGGAAAACAGUUGACGUUAUGUUUGUAAAUUUAGUGUUCAUACAUUGGACUCAAGAGCAGGUAUUCUUGUUCUUCCCAAACUAUAUUCGAGGAUUUACUUGUGGUGUUUGUACUGCACAUGACUUUGACACUGCGAUCUCAUACGAGAAACUUUAAAAUAAAGGU